UCCUGCUUCCGUUGCUAGGGACGCUUCGGCCCAGGAUACCACCAUGGAUCAGGAAGAGGGCCUGAAGGCCUUGGACAAUAUUGUCACUCGGUUCAACACCUAUGAAGAUUUCCUGGACUCGCAGAUCACUACUGUGGACUUGUACUACCUGGAGGAUGAAACCCUGGCCCGCCAGUUGGUGGAGCUAGGCUACCGAGGGACUGGAGAGAGAGUGAAAAGGGAAGAUUUUGAAGGAAGGAAAGCAGCUAUAGAGAUUUCAAGGCUGGCUGAAAGAGCUCAGCAAAAGACACUAACAAGUGCUGGUAAAGACCUACAAGAUAAUUUUCUGAUGGCCCUGGCAAUGAGAGAAGAAGACAAUCGCAAUGGAAAACUGAGUCUAAAUCAACAGGAUGCUGCUCAUACCUUGAAGAAGCAACUGGCAUCCGUGAUCUUUAUUCGUGACAGAAAUUCUUAUGGGCAAGAGAUAUCAGGAUACAUCGACUAUGCCCAUAGGCUAAAGACGGAAGAUUUCGAAGUCUACUUUAGUGGAAAAAAAAGACUCCUUCCAAGGACUACAGAUAUAAGCUUUUACAACUGGGACGCUGAUGUUGCUGUUUGUAAUUCAAGUCCCAACUAUCAAGUGAUUGCCGAUAAUCCAGAAGGCUUACUUUUCAGAUACAAAAGAGACAGAAAAAUUCUCAAUGUGGACCCAAAGGCGCAGCCAGGUGACAACUCUACUAGAAUCCCAAUCCCGACAGAACUCUACAUACAAGCUGUCAUUUUUGACCACAUUUCCAGAAGGAAGACUUAAGUACCAACAUGUUAAUUUCCUAAUAAUUUGCUAAAUUUAAAUAAAUUCCAUAGACAGAGCAAAUUAGAAUAAUAAAUGAGCCCUGUAGCUGGAAGGCAAAUUAGAACAAUAAAGUUAAUAAAGAAAUUAGAAAGAAAACUGUAA